CCGGCCCACUAUUGGCUGUUGACGCUUUGUGGGAAGAGUGUGGAGCUUCAGAAUAACCCGGGAAAACUGCACUGGUAACACUAAACAACACUUAUCUCUGUCUGGUCUUCAUUUAAAAUCGUCUCUGCAAAAAUGCCCGCCACUUCAGAAAUACACACCGAAGAGCUGCACAGGGAGGGCGGCAGUAAAAAGGAGGAAGAGACCCAGACGGCGGCAGAGCAGAAGAACUUCGGUGUUUUCUGUGAUGAGCGCGGGUAUCUGGAUCAGAUCGAGUACAUCAUGCAGCACGGCCGCAGGAAGGGAGACCGGACCGGGACAGGGGUCAUCUCUGUGUUCGGUGCUCAGGCCAGAUACAGUCUGCGAGAUCAGUUUCCCUUGCUGACGACCAAGAGAGUGUUUUGGAGAGGGAUCCUUGAAGAAUUGCUGUGGUUUAUCAAGGGAUCAACAAAUGCCAAGGAUCUCUCAGAGAAAGGGGUGAAGAUUUGGGAUGCCAACGGGUCCCGUGACUUCCUGGACAACCUUGGGUUCACAGAUAGAGAGGAGGGCGACCUGGGACCUGUGUACGGUUUCCAGUGGAGGCACUUUGGUGCAGAGUACACAAACAUGCAUGCAGAUUACACAGGACAAGGUGUUGACCAGCUGCAGAAGGUCAUUGACACCAUCAAAAAGAAUCCAGAGGACAGACGCAUCAUCAUGUGUGCGUGGAACCCCAAAGACCUGCCCUUCAUGGCUCUGCCCCCAUGCCACGCCCUGUGUCAGUUCUACGUGUGUGAUGGUGAGCUGUCAUGUCAGCUGUACCAGCGCUCAGGUGAUAUGGGCCUGGGGGUACCUUUCAAUAUCGCCAGCUAUGCACUUCUUACCUACAUGAUCGCACACAUCACAGGACUCAAGACUGGCGACUUUGUUCACACUCUGGGAGAUGCUCACGUCUAUGUCAACCACAUCGAACCUCUCAAAGUACAGCUUCAGAGGGAGAUCCGCCCCUUCCCAAAGCUGAAGAUCCUGAGAAAAGUGGAGAGUAUUGAUGAUUUCCGCGCAGAGGACUUUGAGAUCUGCGACUACAACCCUCAUCCCAUCAUUAAGAUGCAGAUGGCUGUGUAAAAGUCCCAAUUUAAUGCUGAUGAGGUAUAAGUGUGUGGAAGGUGCUUUAGAAAUUACGCUGCUCCGUAUGUACUGUAUAGUAUGUGUACUUCGCUCCCAUUUUUAGAAAGACCAUAUAUAUAUUUAAAAAGGUAAGUGGGCUAAUUAUUUUGUGAUUUUGGUGAACUGACACUUUAAACCACAUUAAGUUCUUACAGAAAUGUGUUUUCUUCUGCGUGUAAAAACAAAUCUCCACUCACGUUGGGUUUUCUGUAGUUUGUAUUAAGUUUGUAUUGUACUAAGUUUGAUUGCUAUAGAAGGAAUGUUUUUGUUGCUUGGAACAAAUUCCAGUUACAUCUGUUUCAUUGUCCUUAUUUUAAAUAUUAAUAUCUAAAUUUGUAAAUAAAGCAUUUACAUUUGUGUCA